UUACAAUCGUUUUCAUCAUUUCCAGCGCGCAUUUUUGCUUGCCCAUCAGCCAUAAUUUACUGUUGAUUUACUGUCAUUUGUAGUCAAAGAAAAAUUAUGUUCGAAGAUGGACGAACGUAGUCAAUUUUUGGCGGAGGCCGCGGCUCAAAGAAGGGAGCGAGAACUUCAACGUAUACAUAAUGACGUUGCUAUCAAGCUACAAGCACUUGCUCGAGGUUAUCUGGCUAGGAAAAAGUUUGUCGAUGGCAUACGAGCAACUACUGCGGACAAGCUAUGCCAGUUUACUGAUUUGGAGAAGACGGGAAAAACAUUGCUUAACAAUGAAGAGGUGCUGAAAUGGAGUCAGCUAUUCUUGCGGAUAAAACAGUUUCCCAGGGACAGCGAGAUCUUGGCUCAGCUAUGUCGACACAUUAUACUCUCUUUGGAUUCGUCUUCUAAAGAUUCGAAUUGGGCUACCAUGUUUCUCAACAAAGCAACGAUAGCCCCUGCGAGUAAAGUUAUCUCGAGCAUCAUCUCUUGUAUUCCUGAGUCGCUCAUGUAUAUUUCGGGUGCCCGUGUUUCCGAAGUGAAGACAUGGCAAACUUACAUUCAUUUUUUGAUCGUUUUUGGCUCAUGCAAUGGUUGGCUUCUUGUUCGCAAUGCGCCUCAGAUUCAAAAAGUGCUCAAUGAUCUAUGCAGUAAGUUGUGCUGCUCACUUGGGGAAGAAGCAAACUUCACAAGGCUAGCAAAUUCUCUAUUCCUUGCAUCAAAUGAACACAAACCGGUUGUAAGCAGUCAGGCUCUGAACGCCUUGUUCUCAAUCAUAUUGAAGCUGGUAAAAAACGAUUCUUCGUUGCUGCCGAUUUUCAUAACCCAUGUCCUUACUUGCCCUGCCAUCAUUCUACAUUUGAAUAAAGCGAAUCUUGACUUACUUCUGGCCUCUGGUUUAUUUGAUAAAUGUUUAACACAUUUGCGGAACUCAUCGGAAGUAGUAGAAGGAAUAGAGCCUCAAAAAACUAUUAACUUGCUAGGGAAUGUGAUUCAUCUUGGGUAUUUAGAUGAAGAGACAGUGAAAGGACGAAUCGUUGAUUGGACUUGGGUGAUAGGAUUAGCCAUGGCUCAAUGUACAGAGUUUGCUGUUCGUCUCGGUGAGCAGUCGAGUCAUAAUCACUGGCACCCAAUAUUUGGUCACUACAAAUUGCCCAUUGACCCUAAAACGGAGAGGUCACUGCGUAAUGUGCAGAAGCAGCUGCAAAUGCUGUGGAGCUAUAAGAUUGUAUGUAGACUGUUUGAUAAAGCUCUUGAAGGAGUAGAUCAGAACCGCCCGAAUGGUCAUGUACAAGUGAAAGAACUUGGAGCCACUUUUAACAAGCUUUGGAAAAAGUUGGGUGGAGGUUCCAAUCUUGACUCUCCACAUAUUGGCGAACUUGAGAAGGAGACUCCUCCAACGUUGGCUGCCAUUGUUUGCAAGUUGUAUAUCACUGCCUUGUCAACGAUGGCCAAUAUGAAGAACGAAAUAAUUGCUGGAGUGUGUCGUGAGGAUAGAAUCCUUCGACAGUUGUGGGCAUAUCUUGUGCGAUGGGGUGGUGAUGGAAAACAUUCAUCUCCUUCAUCGUCUUGUUCACCUCUGAAUGCAGCUCUCGCUCUUCUGGUACGCUCUCAAAGUCCUCAUGCUGCUCCGAUUCGUUUAUUCGCCGACGCUGCUGCCAUAGUGAUCUCCAUACUGGAUGAAGAAGAGCUGUACGAACGCGGAGUUCCUUUUCCUGUUGAGGAGCUUGUGAAUAUUGCUCGGUUCUGCAACUACUUUUGCUUUCGAGCUGUCUGGAAUGGUUACGUAGAUGACCGAUCGUCCGACCAAGGUCUUUUUUCGAGCAUCCAUCAGCUAUGUAUGGUUCUUCAUGUACGCGACAGCCGAAGAACUUUCAUUAAUGAUCCAAAGUUUUGGUUAGCACCAGAUGUGAAGGGCUCAGUGCUGAUGGCAGAGUUUGAGAAGAAAACCACGAGAGGACUGCUUUUGAUGCGGCGGAUGAGCCACCUGAUAUCACUCAAGGAGCGAAUGCUGCUGUUUAGGAAGUUCGUCAGCGCUGACAAGGCCAACAUUGAAUCGACAGCUACACUGAUUACGGUAGCUCGAAAUCGGUUGGUAGAAGAUGGAUAUAGGCAGCUGUCGAUGUUGUCUACCCGAGCUCUGAAGUCUACUAUACGUGUGAAGUUCAUUAACCAGCAAGGUCUCGAUGAAGCGGGUAUAGAUCAAGACGGUGUAUUCAAAGAAUUCCUCGAGCUUACCAUAAAACAAGUUUUUGAUCCUGCACUCAAUCUGUUUCUGAGCACAGCGGCUGGAGUGCUGUAUCCCUCUUCGACUUCGAGUGUGCACGAAGAUCACUUGGCACUCUUUCAGUUUGUGGGAAGAAUUUUAGCGAAAGCUGUAUACGAGGGUAUCGUCGUGGAUGUGCAGCUUGCACCCGUCCUGCUGGCUGCUAUGCUUGGAGGGCGACGUUUAUGUGCUUUUGAUGAAUUGUCGCAGUUGGAUCCUGAGCUAUACCGCAAUCUUACUUUUGUAAAGAAGUAUGAAGGUGAUGUCAGUGACCUCUCUCUGACAUUCUCAAUCGAUGAGGACUUUAUGGGCAAGAUAAAUACGGUGGAUUUGGUACCAGGAGGACGAACUAUACAAGUCACUAAUGAAAAUAAGAUUGACUACGUCCAUCGCAUGGCGCAUCAUCGCGUCUUCUCACAAACGAAGCAACAAUGUCGCGCAUUUGUUGCCGGCGCUCAGUCCGUGCUGAAUCCAGCCUGGCUGUUUCUGUUUUCGCCACACGAGCUUCAGUUUAUCAUCAGUGGUUAUACAAGUGACAUCGAUUUGGCGGAUUUGAAGAAACAUGUACAGUAUUACGGAGGGUUCCAUGGCAGCCACCGGUUGAUUAAAUGGCUCUGGGAGAUAGUUGAGAAGGAUUUUACUGCCGAUGAACGAAGAUUGUUCCUCAAGUUUGUAACAAGCUGCUCACGUCCACCAUUGUUAGGAUUUUCAUACCUCGAACCGCCAUUUUCGAUUCGCUGUGUGGAAGUUUCUGAUGAUCAGGAUCAAGGUGACACCCUAGGAAGCGUCGUACGAGGUUUUCUUGCCUUGAAAAAGAGUCAGUCUUCAUCGCGUUUACCUACAGCGUCAACGUGUUUCAAUCUUUUGAAAUUGCCAAACUACAACAAGAAGUCGGUGCUUUUAUCGAAGUUGCGAUAUGCAAUCCAUUCGGAGACUGGCUUUGAACUCAGCUGAUUCGUUUUUCGUUGUAUAUAGCUUCAGAGAUGUGUCUAUUAACUUAUAUUAUGUGCAUACUUCAUCAUCAAUCAUCACUAUGUUCGGGUUGAGUACUGAGUGGUGAUUUUAUCAAUGCUUUUGUAAGUAUUCUCUAGGGACUCGUUAGUUCCAGUAAAUGAUUAGCGAAGAUUUGCGUCUUCAUGCU